CGGCAGGAUACAGACGCAGAGAUUCUCGCAGAAACGGGCCUGCCAGAGACCAACGUGAGACCUACACACGUGCCUGCACCAACAUAAUGCGUGUGUGUGCGUGUGUGCCGUCCAUGCAGUAUGACCUCGCCGCCAAACGCAUGUGACUACUGUCAGACUACGUGAGUGAGAGACAAGGCUGCACAUGCAUAGCGCAUACAGACAGUGAAAAGGACGCCAAUGCGCAGAUACAUAUGGAUGCCCGUGUGUGUCAGAGAUGAGAUUUUUCCCCGAGACAGGGUGGGCGAGGAAAGAUGGGGAGACGAAGGAACAAGGCAGCGCUUGGUAUUCUUGCUUACCCCCCAUGAUUGAGUUGGUGAUUUCUCGGCUGUUUCUCCUCCUUUUCGGAUGAGCGAGCGUGUAUCGGACUACACCCAACCCCCUCCACCUACCCUCAUCCCGCGAGACGGCGGCGGGCCCCCCUGUUGCGCAUGCAACGAGAAAGGGACGUCUGCGCUGUCCACAUGCAGCCGACGAUGUGACUGCCGGAAUCACAAGCGCCUCUGCACUAACUGUGUCAACUGCAAUGCGUGGGGGAGGGAGGGGAGGGUUUGCGGGACUGGGGUGUGCUGAUGGGGCGGGGAUUGAUCCCUCCUCCCCUUGAGCCUGUUUGAGUCUGCGUGCUGAUGGGACUGUAUUUGUAUGAGUAUCACGGACACACAGACGAGUGUUACGGUUAAUGACAGUUCCCCCCCAAACAAGGCAGCGCAUGUGUGACGGUGAGUGCCCCUUCUGUUUGUGUGCAGGUCGGACACAUGGGACGGUAAGAGGUGCACCGACCGCCGCAACGCUUUUCUCGUCAUUUUUUGUCUCAGAGGGCCUCAAGUCUUACAUUGAGGGCGUGGUGACAGGCGGCCAGAUCGCCUUCGCAUUGGCUCGGGAGGCAGGCACUCAGAACUGGCACGACAACAUCACGAAGUGGCAGCUGCGUCUUCUGCAAACCCUGAAUCCGGCACCGCUCCUCGUCACCGUCGUCGGCAUCAUCGCCAUCGUCAUCAAGAUGAUGAUACGCAUCAUUUGGAUGAUAUGAAAGGUAUAUGAAUAUGGGCAUAUGGUAUAUGGGCUUGUGUGAGCGCUUAAGGCCAUGUGUGUGGUGUUUGCGCUGUGUGCAGGUUCCUCUCACACACCCGGACACAACCAGGAUCUCACGGUGGUCGGUCGUCAUCUGCGAGCGCACGCCGCUGCAUUCGUCGCAAUCAAGCUGCCUCAUCGCCUGCUGCCUGCCCUCUCUCGUUUCCUCACCGAGGCUGCUGCAUCCGGCUCACCCCCCCGUCCCAAGCCCCUCAGUUGUGCACUGCCAACGGCCAACCACAGCAGGCCGCCACUACGAUGCCGCCCCCUCCCGAGGCGAAGCGCAUCGUCCCUGCUGCUGGCGCGCCCUCAUCCACCCCCACAUGCUGCCGAUUCUGGUGGCGGGAGUGUGGUCGGCGGCGGGAUUGUAUUUCCCGACCACUGAGGAAUAUACGCCCACCUAGUACACUUCUCCGCCCGAGACCACUACACGAAUACGGUGAGAGGCAGAUGUCAUCGAUGUCCUAAUGCGUUGCAUACAUGAAGAUGCACCGACAUGAAUCAUUUCGUCGUCGCUUGGUUGUGGGCUUGGUUGCUUGUGUUUGUCCGGCAGCACGUGACCAUUAAGCUGUGGCACUACCUGCCAUUCGUCGUGCAGUAUCUCAAGCAGAACGGCAACCAGAUAGGAGAAACCGAAGACUGAAAGUAAGACAACCGGCACAUUCACGCAUAGUUCUAGUCACAAAAGCACUGUGCGGUGUUGGUGUGUUCUUUCUCUUCGAUGUCAGCUACGAGUGGGUAUUUGUCAAUUCAAUAUGCCACGUAAUUCUUUUGACUCAAUCAAUAUGUCACCUGAAGUGCGGUCUAUCACAGCGUGUGGGUGUCGUGUUGUGAAUUGUGUGUGAGCAGGUCUGGAUACCACGGCCCAGAGAGUGCGGGUAGAGGAAUUUCAAUCUCUGGCGGUGGUGAAGUACCUGGUGCGCAGUGGAAACAUCGUGCUCGAAGACGAAGUCAUCAAGAGCAUCAGGCAAGGCCCCUCAAGAUGUGUGCACAUGUGGUCGACCUUGUAUGUUCCUUUCUUGCAGUAAGGAUUCGGAUGUGUUUGUCGUCAUGGCCAAGCCGUUGCCCACCCCCGUCAGCUCCCCCGGCGCUCCGACCCUGCCCUCUACCACGGACAACAUGGCCACCCAGGUCAGUCAUGGCCGCACCUUUCGCUCAUUCAUCCGUUCUAAACCCUCCAUCGUUGUUGUCUUUGCCAGGCCUUGGAGGGCUUGACCGGGGCGCGUGCGGGACACUGAUUUGGCGCGCGUACCACGACAGGAAAGCCAUCGAGCCCUUCGCCACAGCGCUGGGCAUGGUAAGGUUGAGAGCAUGCAUGGUGCUCGAGGGUUCGUGGUAAAGUCAAGCGAAUCCUCUUCAAAGGCACCCUUACUCUCUCGUCUAACGUAUGAGGUGUUCCACUUCGUAUCGCGAAAAGAUCUUCUCAAAUUGUAAGAGGAUGAAAAGAAGCAUUCUUGAUUUGUAGUCACGCUACAUUUGUGUGUGUCUGUGAAUGUGUGUGUACAGAGAAUGGUUGCUGGAUGUCUCACGUUUUGCGCGUCGGAGUUUAUGGCGUAUGUAUAUGGUUUGGAUCAAGAGCUGAUGGGGGUUAGGUAAGAGGCUAUCGAACGUACAAAUGUAUUCGUCUCAUUGUUGCCUCUCUCUUUCUUGCUGUGUGUGUGUGUGAAGUGUCGUUGCAUAUGUGUGAGAUAGCAUAUCUCCUCGCUACCUGGUGCUACCGCACCAACAAAAAGGGCAGGAAGUGACAGGUGAAGGCUCUCCAUCAAUUGGUCGACUGACUGUGUGUGUAUGUCUGUCGGUCUGUCUGUCUGUCUGUCUGUAUGUGUGUGUGUGUGUGGCUGCAGGUCAGCGCUGCUGUUGGGCCACACAGAUCGCUAACUAUGCGACCGUAACUAUGCGACCGUGUAUAACACAACACACACACACACACACACGAAUGACACACACAGGUGUUUCUGGUGUGUAUGUGUCUCUGUGUGUCUGUCUGUCUUUGCUCUCAUGGCCACACACAACAGGCGCAUGGCCGUCUGGCGCUGGCAUUGGACGCAGUUGGCAGGUAUGGCGAGGCGUACAAGAGCCUGGCGACAGCCUGUGAUCUCGAUCCGUCACACACACACACUAACUCGUAUGUGCCCGUUGGUGGGUUUGUCAGGAACGAGUUUGAGCUGCAAAGGCUCGUUGAGCUACACUGUGAGUGCAUAGACUCACCACCUGUCCACCAAUCCACAUUUCUCUCCUUUUCAGGCUGUUCCGUGUGGGCGCGCGCCGCCGGCGGCCAACCACCACCAGCAGCAGAAGACAGCGUCAACAAUAUCAUUGAGACACAGGAGGUCCGUCCGUCCUAUGCACCGACACUGCAGGCCCUUGAUUGACAUGCAGUGUGGGUGUGCAGCGGAUGGCAGUCCUGACGUGCUGAGCUGCCAGCUGGGCGAAGAGGGUCGUCGCAACUCGACUGCAAACGACCCGAACCCAAAGACAAACAGGGCAAGUGACCUUCAGUGGGGAGAAGUCUGCAGGAAGACCUUGACACAUUCGAAUCCGUGCUUGGUAAGAGGAGCAUAAAGCCUGAAGGAUUCGUAAGCCAUCAUGGAGGCUGAGAUAAGAUGCACUUGUGUAUGGUGGCUGACCCUGUCUCUUUACUUCCAUAUUGAUUCAUCAGGUUUGCAUCCACUUAUCGCUGUCUACAUUUUAUAUCCCAAGGGCUCUUAUAUCUCAACAACGCGCUGUCGGUGCUGCCACAGUGUCUACACGCCCAACGAACCACGGGAUUCUCUUUCACAGUGAGCCGGAAUCGAUGCAAUUCGAUGUGGAGGGUGUGACAAAGCAGUUCCAGGCUAUGACUGUGGAGGAAGCGCUAGAAUGGGUCAAAUUUGAGGACUGGAAGAAGGCUUGGCCGGUUUAUUACCGCGUGAGAACGGGCUGUACCAUGGAGCCAAUCACGGCCAUCCACAAUCAAAUCUGCACCGAUGUGGUGGUGAAUGAGAUAGUCCUGAUUGUCGAUGAGGCGGACAGUAAGACGUUGGUUUCAGACCUGUUGCCUUCGUGGGGAGGUACCAGUAGACAGAGAUGGACUGCACACGAAGGAAUCUUGAGUUUUGUGUGUGCUUGUGAGAGAGCAGGUCCACGCGCACACACACACCCUCCAGCCAGUGUGUACCCCUCUCUCUGUGUGUGGUGUGUGUGUGUGGGGGGUGUGUGUAGGAAGAGUACGACUCCGGCCACCGCCGUAAGACCGCCGAGACACAGUGCCUUUUCGAGCGCCUGGGGGCCAUCCUCAUCUUGCACCUUGGAUGUUCCCGAGGUUCCCAACGAUUACGCCAGCUUUGGCCUCGACACGAUUUGCGUUUCGCAUCCUCUAAGCAAGUGGACACGAUGAGCACGAGAAGCCUGGGUGACAUCAUAGAGUGAGCACCAGCAUAUCAGCCGUGUCGUGUUAGUGCUUUUGCCUUCAGAUGAGCAGCCAGCAUGAAAGGUCAGCGGCUCUCUGACCUGUGCCGCGGCAUCUCUCUGACCUGUGCCUGCUUUUGUCCGCAUUCGUCUGCAGAAUGAGUGAAGAGCUGCUGGUGCUUAUGCCGCUGCCGCGGCAGGUAAUACCCCACACCCCAGACAUCGUGGGCAUUCAUCUGUCUGUCUGUAUCAGGUCGUCAGCCGUCCGUUACCGGCGCCACCUUUAUCACUCCCUCGCCCCCUGCUGACCGCCAUGCAAAGCGUGUCAUGGGAAGCAGCGAACACCAACUCGCCAGGCGCCUUCGUGUAAAAAAAUACAUACACCCCACGCGUGAGACAUAGGCAUUAACACGUAUGUGUCUGGAUGCCUCUCUAUGUGUGCUGUUCAGGCGGCAAGCAGUGACAACGAGUUGCUCGCGGCGGAGAACGCGAAGCUCAAGGAGGUAAAUGAAGCUUCGGCUUCUGCUGCGCAACGGAACAGUCGUGGAUGUAGCCCUGGCGUGGGAGGCGCCAGGACAGCGCCUCGAGGAGGCAGCGAUGAUGAUCGCGGCGAGCUGCGCGCUUCCGCUGUACGGCAAGAAGGGCAAGACAGCGGCCAGCCGGGCAGCCCCCGUUGGCUGUCUCGGCUCCAUGCAGCCUCAGAGCUUCCCCUACAUCACAUCACGCUCUGGCAGACGUCGACGAGGCCAGUCAGCCACCACCACGCCGUCACCGUUCAAGAUAGACCUCGUCACAGGCGAGGUUAUCAUCCUUCUAGAUCAACUGGCGAAGGAGCGGACGACCAAUCCGACUCGGUGGCAGCAGAAUCCAACAGCGCAGGUGAUGGAAGCUGUGUUCAACGAAUUCAAAAGCCGGAGCGACUUGAUGCCCUUCCUCCGCUCGCCGGAGGCGGAUUUUAAGGAGUUCUUGACUGCCGACUGUCGAAAAGUGCGAAUGCGCGACGAACACUCAGAUCUGGGUCCCUCUACAUUAAUUUUUCUUCCUACAGGCAUCCACAAAAUUUGCCUGCCGGCCCCCGGUUGCACUCUCGGCUCCGGCUGUGUCUUUUCUCCUGGCGCUACGGAUUCUGAGUCUGUUGCUGGUGCCCUCGACGAGUAGCUUGACCGUUAGGCGAGGUACCUGGGAAGGAGGGAGAGAGGUAGAGAGGGAGGGAGGGAGGGAGGGAGGGGGGGGGGGCGGGACACAUGGAAAGGAAGAGCAUUCUUGAAAAUGUCAAUGAAAUACUGCAGACUAGGGGUCUGAAGGUAAGGCAUGUGAGGGCAUAAUGAAACCGGUCGAAACAAGUAAGCACCAGCUUUGGCUGGGCCCAGAGGAGCAAGGUCAGUGGCAACAUAUUCCCAGUUUGUGUCUCCGUGUCUCAUUUGUCUGUCGGUGCGUCAGAUUGGUGACAGCAUCGCUGUGUACAUUUUAUAUUCGACGACUAAUCAUCUCCCCUUGACCAACGCACGUCGUCAGAGGAGGGACGACCAGAUUGCACGAGGCCUCCUCAGCGCUGACGAGCUCAAGUCUAUGGGCUUUGCCGCAGCUGGGUGAAGGCAUCACGACUGACCGAGGGCUUUCAGCACUUGUAACGACCAGAUUCUGACGACUGACUUUUCGGGUGCUUUGAGGUGACUAAUUGAGAAGACGGGGGUUUUCAUCACCGGCUUCGCUAUCCUGAUGGCCUCGAUGGAGGCUUGCAUCACAUCAGGGGAGCCUACCCCAUCUCCUCCUCCUCCUCCUCCUCGAAGUCCCCCAACACCA